GUGUGUAAAGUUCCGCAGUGUCCGGAGCUCUUCAUGGCUCCGUUUCCUUUAAACAAUCCGUUUGUGUGGCUUUAAAAACAACAUUUUCUCUUUUAUUGUGAAACCAGAAGCAGGAAGCGUGUGCGCGCGGUGCCUAACAGAACCGUGCGCUCCUCCGCUGCUCCGGGACGACGUUUAGCCGCUGCUGCUUAUGAAUCUGCGGCUAAAAACAGCGCAGGUCCCGCUCCACUGAGGCACAAUGGACCCGAACCGGAUCGUACAGGCGCUGAAGGGAACCAUCGACCCGAGCCUGCGCCUUGCGGCCGAAAAUGAGCUGAACCAGUCGUAUAAAAUCAUAAACUUCGCCCCGACGCUGCUGCAGAUCAUCGUGUCGGAGCAGGUGGAGUUUCCUGUUCGUCAGGCGGCGGCGAUCUACCUGAAGAACAUGGUGAGUCAGUACUGGCAGGACCGUGAACCUGCCGUGGGAGAAGUGGUGUUUCCCUUCAACAUCCACGAGAACGACCGACAACAAAUAAGAGACAACAUCAUCGAAGGAAUCAUCCGCUGCCCCGAGUCCAUACGGGCUCAGUUGACCAUGUGUCUUCGUGCGAUGGUUCGUCAUGAUUUCCCGGGUCGUUGGCCUGGAGUCGUGGACAAACUGCAGGUUUACCUCCGAGCUCAGAACAGCAGCGGCUGGUACGGCGCCCUGCUCGCCCUGUACCAGCUCGUCAAGACCUACGAGUACAGGAAAGCGGAGGAGAGGGAGCCGCUGCUGGUCGCCAUGACGCUGUUUUUACCCAGAAUUCAGCAGCUCCUCGCUCAGCUCCUCCCCGACGCCACCAUCUUCUCUGUGCUCAUCCAGAAACAAGUGCUCAAGAUCUUCUACUCACUCGUACAGUACUCUCUCCCUCUGAGGCUCAUUGACAACACCGUGAUGACUCAGUGGAUGGAAGUGUUCAGACAGAUCAUGGACCGAGACGUGCCCACGGAGACGUUGGAGGUGGAUGAGGACGACCGGCCGGAACUCGCCUGGUGGAAGUGCAAGAAAUGGGCCAUGAGGAUCAUAACCAGACUCUUUGAACGAUACGGGAGUCCAGGAAACGUGACCAAAGAAUACGCCGAGUUCGCUGACUUCUUCCUGAAAACCUACGCCGUGGGUCUGCAGCAGACUCUGUUGAAGGUGGUGGAUCAGUAUCGACAGAAACAGUACGUGACGCCCAGAGUCCUGCAGCAGUGUCUCCUCUACCUGAGCCAGGGCCUGUCACACUCCCUCACCUGGAAACACCUGAAGCCCCACGUACAGAUCCUGAAUCAGGAGGUGAUUUUUCCUCUGAUGUGUUACAAAGACGAAGACGACAAACUGUGGCAGGAGGAUCCCUACGAGUACAUACGCAUGAAGUUUAAUCUGUACGAUGACCACGCCCUCCCCGCCACCGCCGCCCAGAGCCUCCUGUGUAAAGCCGCUCGCAAACGCAAAGAGGUUCUUCCUCAGAUGAUGGAGUUCUGUCACCAGACGCUCAUGGACCCCUCUGCUGACCCCCGCAGGAAGGACGGAGCGCUGCACUGCGUGGGGACUUUAGCCGAGCUCCUCCUGAAGAAGUGGGCGUACAGGGAGCAGAUGGAGAUGAUGUUACAGAAAUACGUGUUCCCGCUCCUCAACUCUCCUCUGGGAUACCUGCGAGCGCGGUCGUGCUGGGUGCUUCACUGCUUCAGCCCUCUGCGCUUCCACGACGAGCAGGUCCUGCGCGGCGCCGUGGAGCUGGUGAAGCAGGACCUGGUGGAGGACAAGGAGAUGCCCGUGAAGGUGGAGGCCGCCAUCGCUCUCCAGACGCUCGUGUCCAACCAGCAGCAAGCUAAAGUGUACAUCCGGCCGUUCAUUCGCCCGGUGAUGCAGGAGCUGCUCCACGUCGUCAGGGAAACGGAAAACGACGACCUCACCAACGUCAUCCAGAAACUCAUCUGCGAAUACAACCAGGAAGUGGCCGCCAUCGCCGUGGAGAUGACGCGCAACCUGGCUGAGAUCUUCACUCGUGUUCUUCAGAGUGACGAGUACGAGGAGAGUGAGGAUAAGACGGUCAUGGCUCUGGGUUUACUCAGCACCAUGGACACCAUCCUGACCGUGAUGGAAGAUCACGCCGAGAUCACGCAGCAGUUGGAGGCGAUCUGUUUGCAGGUGAUCGGUCUGGUGCUGCAGAAGCCCGUCAUAGGUAUGGCAGAGUUUUAUGAGGAGAUCUUGUCCCUGGCGUUCGGUCUCACCUGUCAGAACAUCUCCCCCCAGAUGUGGCACCUGCUCGGAGUCUUGUACCAGGUGUUCCAGCACGACUGCUACGACUACUUCACCGACAUGAUGCCUCUGUUACACAACUACGUGACGGUGGACACAGACGUGCUCCUGUCCAACCCCAAACACCUGGAGAUCAUCUACAGCAUGUGCAAGAAGGUUCUGUCGUCGGAGUGUGGGGAGGACGCCGAGUGUCACGCUGCCAAACUGUUAGAGGUGAUCAUCCUCCAGUGUAAAGGACGAGGCAUCGACCAGGUGGUCCCGGUGCUGGUGCACACGGCGCUGGAGCGUCUGAUGCGCGGGGUGAAGACGUCGGAGUUGAGGACCAUGUGUCUGCAGGUGGCCAUCGCGGCGCUCUGGUACAGCCCCCCCCUCCUCUUCCUCACGCUGGACUCCGGCCCCCAGCCCCUCACCGCCCACUUCAUCAACCAGUGGAUCAACGACACCGAGUACUUCCUCGGACUUCACGACCGUAAGCUGUGUAUCCUGGGUCUGUGUGUGCUGAUGGAGCUGCCGUCGCGUCCGUCGGCGCUGGAGGCUGUGGUCGCUCAGAUUUUACCCUCCGUCCUGCUGCUGUUCCUGGGCCUGAAACAUCUGUACGCCUCCCGCCUCCUCCACAAGCCCCCGGAGCAUCCGAGAGCCCCCGCCCCGGGGGGCGAGCAGGACGCCAACGAGGAAAUCCCGAGUGACGAGGACGAAGUGUCAGAGCCGCAGCCGGUUUGUCCCCACAGCACAGAGGAGCCCGACGACGAGGAGGACUUCUGGGAGGAGGACUGUUUCGAGGGCACCCCGCUGGAGGAAUACUCCACUCCUCUGGACUACGACAACGCAGAGGACGAAUACACGUACUUCACCAACGCCCUGCUGAGGGUGCAGAACACUGACAGUUCUUGGUACCAGAGGCUCACGGCGCCGCUCAGCGACGACCAGAAGAAACAACUCCAGGAAAUCUACGGCAUCGCACAGCAGAAGAAGACCGCCAAAGGACCAUGAGGUGGGACCCGGGUCUGGACUGGAGCAGCUCUGAGUGAUGUGGGUCAAACUCAGACUGAGAGACUGCCUUUGUGCCGCUGAGCAACGCUGGACACCUCCGGGUUUCACCGCCCUGGAAUCGCACCGACACCUCUGGGACAAAAACUGGAAUCGCCGCCGGGACCGGAGUCAAACCCCGAACACGUCGCCGACUAAAACACUCCCACACGAGCGGAAAAAAAAAAUAAAAAAACUGAAUUCCGAACCUUGGUCUGGGAUUGAACCUUUACGAGAGAAAAGUGCAAAUACUAAAAACUCUUCGACUGACCGGAGAAAAUGAACUUUGAGACGGUUUUUGUUACGUGUGGAUUUGCUCGGGGAAUUAGAGACGUUAAAAGAUCUACUGUUUUGAUACUUUGCAGUGACGUCGCUCUGGGGGUGUUCUACAUGUGUGUCUAUGGUUAGAGUGACCAGAUUUUCAAAUUUAAAAGUGGGACACACCCGGGUUGUAUGGAAGCCCAGUUCCACCAGUAAAUAAAAAAUAAAAGCCUCACAGAAAGUCAUAAUAACGAGUUUAAAAGUCAAAGAUGUUAAUUUUCUCUUCAAGAAGUUAGAGUUUAAAAGUCAUAAUAAUGAGAUUAAAAGUUGUAAUUACGAGUUUAAAAGUCAUAAUUAUGAGUUUAAAAGUUGUAAUUACGAGUUUAAAAGUCAUAAUUAUGAGUUUAAAAGUUGUAAUUACGAGUUUAAAAGUCAUAAUUAUGAGUUUAAAAGUUGUAAUUACGAGUUUAAGUCAUAAUUAUGAGUUUAAAUCAUAAUAACAUGUUUAAAUGUCAUAAUGAGUUUAAAAGUCAUAGUAACAGGUUUAAAAGUUGUAAUUACGAGUUUAAGCUUUAAUUACGAGUUUAAAUGUCAUAAUAAUGAAUUUAAAACUCAUAAUAACGGGUUUAAAAGUCGUAAUUAUGAGUUUAAGUCAUAAUAACAAGUUUAAAAGACGUAAUUACGAGUUUGAAAGUCAUAAUAAGUCGUAAUUACCAUAUUUAAAGUCAUGACUUUAAAAGUGGACUUUGAAUCUGCCCUUGUCGUGGAAGCUUGUGGUCUUGUUCCUGAAGAGGCCUGGUUUAGUCCUGGUUUAGUCCUGGUUUAGUCCUGGUCUAGUCCUGGUCUAGUCCUGGUCUAGUCCUGGUCUAGUCCUGGUCUAGUCCUGGUUUAGAUCAAAUUGGUCUAAAAACAGGAACGUCUGGUCUCCCUUAACUUCAGUAACAGAGUUUCAGACAGAGCAGUGCCUCCCGUUAGCGUCACACCCCAGAGAAUGUGGACGACCUCAGCUGCAAAAUAUCAACAGCAGGUUUUGGCUUCAGUGUCGCUUCUUCAACAGUUUUUAAAUCCGUCUCCUCGUCACACAGACCUGGAGUUGUGUUUGUUUAACUCAAACCAGGUUCUUCUGAAACUACAAACGCUCUGUCGCACCCUGUGAUGUCAUGAAGUGCUGUGCCGCUGUGUUUUUAAACUCCACACGCCGUCACGAGAAUCAUCUGGAUCAUUUCGGUCCCGGAGUUACCGAUCUCUGCUGAACUUAGGCCCUGUUUGCACGUACACGGGUGCUUCUGUAAACUGAGACGUUUCUCUUCGUUUGUUCCCGUUUUUUAAACACAAACAGAAAAUUCUCCUCUGAAAAUGAAUCUUUGUCAAAACUUCGUCUACAGGGAAGAUUCUGGAAAACUCUGCUUUGGUGUUUGUGUCUAAAGUGAUAAAAGGAGUUUUAGGAGCCGACGCCAAAAGUGCAACGAGUGUUUCCCUUUUGCUCUGAUGAUGAUGACGACCAGAGACCAAUGAGGCUGUAUCAGAUCUGUGGAGAGGCGAGCCGCUCACUAAUGCACCAUUUAAACCGAUUUGUGAGUAAAACUUAUCCAGGCUGGUGCCACCUAGUGCCUCCGUUCAGUUUCAUUUCUCUCCAGCGACUAGAUCAGAAAUCAGAUACACCAGACCAGACAUGUCCAAACUACGGCCCGUGGGCCAAACGCGGCCCUCUGACAGAUUUAGUUUGGCCCUCAUUCUUCCAGGCGAAUUGGCCCAAAUUGCUUUGCAACAAUUAAAAAAUAACUUUUUACGGCAAGUUUUUUGAAAAUCUACCUUAAAAAACCUAGUAUUGAAUAUUUAGUGACUGACGGUUCAUUCUAACGUGUUAAACCUGCAAAUAUUUAAAUUAUUCACUGUAGGGACGGGCAUUCGAUGAAAUUUUCUUAAUCGAUCGUCGGAAGAAUUAACGAUCGAUUAUCGAUUAAUCAUUAACGUUUUUAUAUUAAAAUGAUCAUCAUUAUUAUUACUAUCUGCACUAAUCUGCAUAAAUAAAUUCAACUUUACGACAUAUAAACAUAACGACUCUAGAUCCACAUCAGCUGUUUGACAUUAUAAUGUGUUUAAUUCAGUUUUGUUCAAAUCUCACAGAAACAAAACUUAAAACCACAUCACUAAUUUACAUAAACUAAGUGAAGAUAAAACUCCAGCUCUUGUGUCGCUGAUGUGGUUCAACUUGUGUUGGAUUAAAAGACAUGACUCAGGUGAAUACAGGUCAGUGUGACCAGAUUUGUGUUUGUCAAAACCAGGACAGCGUACGGGGGGAGGGGGGCGGGGCCUCGUCAUCCACAUUGAGCGACUCUCACCUGGAAAAACUUUUUCCCACUGGACACAGAAACAUAUGUGCUGCUUUAUCCACUGUGCACAUGGACUCACACUUGUCCCAACGCAACGGAAAGUGUGGAAUUUCUUCUACAAAUCCUGGUUAAAUCCACAUUUGUGCUUCGGUUCGUUACAGACUGACCCACUGUUUGUGUCUCGCUCCUUCUGAUGCAGAGACACAUGUACACACCUGUUUGGUCACGACACACAAACAUACAUUCAGUUUGUCCAUUAAAAUGAACGUAAUCGAUGAAAUUCUUAAUGAUCAAUUAUCGAUUAAUCGAUUAAUCAUGCCCAUCCCUAAUUCACUGUGUUGAGCUCGAUCGACCCUCUGCUUCGUCUGUGUUUAGAUUUGUGGCCCUUGAUGUAAAAAGUUUGGACACCGCUGCACUGGACGGUUCCCAAAAACUAUUCUUGUCGGGAGUGUUUGUCCGGGACGAUGGACUCGGGACAAAGUGCCGGGCGGUUGCCGUGGUAACAGGCAUGACGUCAUGAUUUUCCAAUGAUGAAGUAAAUAUUUAAACCUAAAAGAAAAAUUAAGAAAAAAAAAAGAAGGAAAUGCCAAAGUCUGAUCCAAACAUGUUUUUAAUCCUUCAGCCCAAAGAGACGAACUCCAGAAACCACAGACCUGGUUCAGUCCUGGUUCAGUCCUGGUUCAGUUCCUGGUUUAGACCUGGUUUAGACCUGGUUCAGUCCUGGUUCAGUCCUGGUUCAGUCCUGGUUCAGUCCUGGUUCAGUCCUGGUUUAGUCCUGGUUCAGUCCUGGUUCAGUCCUGGUUCAGUCCUGGCUUAGUCCUGGCUUAGUCCGGGUUUAGUCCGGGUUUAGUCCGGGUUUAGUCCGGGUUUAGUCCGGGUUUAAUCCGGGUUUAAUCCGGCCCUUGAUGGAAAAAGUUUGGACACCGCUGCACUAGACGGUUCACAAAACUCCAGAAGUGCGAGUUCGGGCACCGGCCAAUCAGAGAAGAGACAGACAUUCUGUGUUGUCAACGAUUCCCGAGGAUUUAAAACCGGAACAAAGAGAAUGUUUGGUGAAUUUGAUCUCGGGGAAAGACGUUAUUGUUCUUCUUCCUACAGGAUUUGGAGCUUUACAAACGUCACGACCAAACAGCAGCGAUUGGUUCAAUAAAAAAAGUCCCCGCCUCCUGUCGAGCGAACGAAUCCUAAUGCUGCAGGUCACACGGUUUCCACAAAGUGAAACCGUCUCAGGAAGCAGGAUGAGUAAAACUUACAACUGUAAUGAAACAAAAGCUGCUCCGCCCAGAGUCUCGGUGUAAACGAAAACUUUUGUUGAAAUCGACUCUGUGAGCACGAUGUUAUUUUGGAAAACGGACAACGGGAAAUAUUUUUUUCUCAACGUACCGGCUCUGUGGAAACGAAGUCUAAAGGGAAAAGGAGCUGUCCACUUAAAAACAACCACUUCAUGACAUCACAAGGUGGAACAGAGCGUUUGGAGAUGUAGACAGACGAAUAAUAAAGAUUUACUCAAACACAAAACACAGGUCCAGGUCUGUGUGAAGCAGGAACAUUAGAACACGUCAGGUUUGCGUCAUUUAGGACUUUUUAAGGUUCAGAAAAUAUUGAUCAGUUUCUGUUUUUCUUUUAUCAAUAAAUCUUCACUUUAUUUGUAAAUGUUUAAAAACUUUUGUCGCCAGAUUUCAAACUUUUAUUUCAACUCAGAGUCCCAGACGGUGACUUUAAAUGACGCCCGAGGCCAACGGAGAAGCUCCAGAUGAACGUUGUGAAGUGUGCGACGGCGGCGUUUGUGCGACGGCGGCGUUUGUGCGACGGCGGCGUUUGUGCGGCGGCGGCGGCGUUUGUGCGGUGUUUUGUGCGUUGUGUGACUCUUGUACAGGAGGUAAAGUGUAAAUAGUCGUGUGUUUGUUGUGUUUUUGUAAAUGAGUUUGGAGCUGAACAAAAGAACGAAAAAUCUGA